AUCGCAUCCGUCCACAUUAGGCACUAAAACAGUUUUCAUUUUCCCGAGAAAUUUAUUGAAAGUUUUAGUCCACUUUUACAUAUUGAUAUACCAUUGAAGACCUUAUAAUUUGUUGACAAAAUGAGUGAAUUAGGAGUAAAUGAACAUCAUCAGAAUCAGGUUAUUAAUUACAUGCGAUUUGCUCGAUAUCAAAGAGGGCAAAGGUUACGAGCAGUUGAUGCUUGUUUUGAGGAACUGCAAGGCAGCAGAUUGAAUGAUGCUACAUUUACUCGUGAUGAGAUGAUUGACAUGUUGGAUGGUCUGCUAUCUGUCGUCCGUGGAGAGGUGGAAUCAGAACUCAUUAACACAGCCCAUACCAACGUCCUUAUGAUGCGACAAAUGUUUCAACAAUCCGAAAAAUGGCAUCUUAAACUGCAGGCUGAUAUUUCAGAGUUGGAAAACAGGGAUUUAUUGGAACAGAUAAAGGAAUUUGAAGAAAGGGAGUUCACUGGUACAAAACGUGAUACAGAGUUUACUCCAUCAAAGUUAGCUCCCCUUAAUGAAACAGGUGGCAGUGCCUUACUGCACAUGAGAAUUGAUGAGAUAAUGAAUGACAAUGAUGCUUUAAGACAGAGAUUAUCAAAAUAUGAAAAAGUGGAUCUUGAAGGGAGAUUUAGAAGUCAAGCACUAGCUACAGAUUUAGAAAAGGCAGAAGCUGAAUUGAGAGCUAGAAAGUCAAAUGUUACACAAGCUGAUUUAGAAGAUCUUCAUCGAAAAAUGUCUGGAUUACAGUCUGACCUUGAACAGUCCCGUAGAUCAGGUGCUGAUACUGCCGCCAACUUGACCCACGACCUUGCCGGAACGAAACAUGAACUACUCAAAAUACGGGAAAUGUUGGAAAUGGCUGAAAAGGAACUGGAGAAGAAAGUUAGUUUGACAGCGCCUUUUAAAAACUUAAAGCAAAUGUUACAGAAGAAAAAUGAACAGAUGAAAGAUUUACGUAAACGACUAUCUAAAUAUGAAACAGUGAACGAUUAGAUUAAAGAAACAGUUUAUAAUAUGUUAUUCCAUACAUUUUUAUUACAUUCUUUACACAAUUUACGGUUAACCUUCUUUGUUUCAUCAUGUUUUGUAUGUUUUAAAAAGUCCCUUUACAUGCUAGUGUUAAUCUUAUACAGACUGCCUUCUCACUGGUAUUAAAUACUGUCUUGUUGCUGGUUAGUCAGUGUCCAGUCUUUCUGCCCAUUGUAUGUUAAUGUCUUUAUAAUCGUAAUUACUUUAUAAUCUACUAGUACAUUAUUCUAAUCUGUCCAUCUUUCUAUACUCUUAAAUAUAAAUUUAUCUGUUUAAUUCAUAAUUACUCUGCCAUCAGUCAGGACUUGUGCUUGGGGCCUUAAAAAGAAACAGAACCUAAAUAUUGAUUUAAAAAAAACAAAAACCUGGUUGCUUUGUAUGUUAUGUUAUUGGUAAAUAAUAAAUAUAUAUAUUAACUGUUUAUAGCCUGUGAUAUAUUUCAUUCUUUAUUUAUGUUAUAUGUGUUUUAAUUUGUAUUUCAAAUGACAUUAUGUGUCUGUUAAAAGGUCUUGAUAAAGUUUGUACAUUUGUUUAUUAACUAGAUGAAUGCACUACCAUAGUGGCUAAUAUUUUGUAAAUGUAUUAAAUAAAAUGUGUUAUGGGUUUGGAUAUGUCUUAGUAAACUUACCGUCCAUUUAGUUUAUAUCUUUGAAACUCUUAUUAAUUUACUAUCCUAAAAAGAAUCCUAUGAAAAUAAUUUUCAUUUUAGAUAAGUGUAUUUUGUCUACUCCAUAUACCGAAGAUGGUAGAACUACAAGAAAAGCAUCUAAAUUAACAAAAUUGAAAUGUUAGUACUUGGAUAGUUUUAAUUUUUUUGGUGCUGCUAACGAUAUUACACAAAAUUCAGCUUAUUUUCAUAUACCUCUAUAAGAUCUACUCAUAUUGUUGACUGCUAUUUUAUGGAAUUAUUAUAUCUAAAUAUAUCUUAGUAUACCUAUGUUGUUGAAUAUCUGACUUUUAUUAUGGAUAACAUAAAUGUAUGUUUUUGCACUUAUUAAAAAUAAUUUUAGAACUAAA